AUGGCUCCUGUCAAGUGUGGCGUCUGCGGCAGGCCAACAAACUUGAUUUGCAAAGAUUGCAAGUCCGCAGCUUAUUGCUCCAAGCACUGCCAGGUCAGAGACAACGCUUUGCACGAGCGAAUCUGCGAGAAGAUGACCGUCGCACUCAACAAUCUCGAUGACGAGCAUCCUCCAGAUGAGCCCGAUGUCACAUACAAGCUUGGCAUGCGCUUCGACAAAGACGAACCAGAUAAGGACAUGCCACAAAUGAUUUGGGUCGAAACUGUCGAGGAAAGUGAUACCUCCAAAGCAAUCUCCCAGUACAGCGAUUGGAUUGGUGGUGGUGAUGUGCGGAAGGACUUCUUCUACACUUUCCACGAUAGGACGAUUCAGCUUUCGACUGACAGCGGUAAAUUUCCCGAAGAGAAUUCAGGUAUUUCCCAGCUUAUCCGAGGAGGACGAUACUCUAACUUGCGAAAUGGCGCAUAUCCGCACCGUCUGAGGAGCUCUGUUGUCAUCAUGGGCGUAGAACAGAUGACAAACGAUAAUCGUGUAGCAGAGUAUCGAGACAUGACCGCCAACGACCUUCGAGUUGCCCUUAAGUGCUUCCUUGAAGAUACUUACAUAUUUGAAGUUGGCGGCAACAACACAGAGAACCCAUUCGUUGCACUGAAGCAGCCAGAGUGGUGUCAAGCCGUCAAGAUCAACAACUUGGCAGAGCUUCAUCAGCAAAUUCCGAGUUCCCAAUUUCAAACAGUCUUGCUCAACAAGAAACACGCCGAAAUCGGCACUUACGAGUACAAAUCUGUUAUUUCGGAGAUCAUUGGGAUCCCACUUCUCCUGAAGCGUUUGCCUUGUACCCUCAAGAGAAAGACAACAGAAGAAUUCGAGCCUAACAACGCGGCACUCUCUCUUCUGUUUGGUACAGAUAGGAUCGAUCCGGCCAAGAAGCCCGCCAGUGGGAAUUCUGAGUAUGAAGAGGAAGAUAAUUUGUCAUUCCUUGUCUUUCGAGAAGAUCAGGAAAACCUGAAGAGGCAGCAAGUUGAAGCCAUGUGCAUAUACGGUAGGUUUCAGAAAGUGCUUCGAAGAAGUCAAGCAAAAAAGAUCGACGAAGGUUACAGGAGCUGGAUCGAUGCUAAGCCUCUUGGUCUGAAAAAGCCCGUAUCAACUGAAUGGUCAGGACGCGGGGUUAAGAGAGCCCGGGAGUCGUCGCCAUCGGUAAACAAAAGUUCUGUCGAGGAUGAGAUGGGUGAAGAUGCACUCAAGAGUGACAAGGAAGUCGCAGGUGCAGCUGGGCUACUUAGGGAGCAUUCUUUGAACAUGAAUACCGAGGAAGCUUUGAACAUUGAUGGGGACCCAGAGCCAGAGAUGUGGGUGCCUGGUUCUGGUCACAGCAGAUGA